GAAAUGAAGAACAAAUCAGUGGAAAUGCAGUUCAUUCUGGUAGGUUUGACAGAUGACCCACACCUACAAAUUGUGAUUUUCUUGUUUCUCUUUCUCAACUACACAUUGAGCCUGAUGGGAAAUUUACUGAUUAUCCUUCUCACCCUGUUGGAUCCCCGUCUCAAGACUCCUAUGUAUUUCUUCCUCCGAAAUUUCUCUUUUUUGGAAAUCAUAUUCACAACAGUGUGUAUUCCCAGAUUCCUGAUGACCAUUGUGACUAGAGACAAAACCAUUUCUUAUAAUAAUUGUGCAGCUCAAUUAUUUUUUGUCCUUUUACUGGGAGUUACAGAGUUUUACCUUCUGGCUGCCAUGUCUUACGACCGCUAUGUGGCCAUCUGCAAACCGCUGCAUUACCCAAUCAUCAUGAACAGCAAGGCUUGCUACCAACUUGUACUCAGCUCUUGGGUAACUGGAUUCCUAAUCAUCUUUCCCCCAAUGGUCAUGGGACUCAGACUGGAUUUCUGUGCUUCCAGAGUCAUUGAUCACUUUGUGUGUGAAACUUCUCCUGUCCUACAGAUAUCCUGCACAGAUACACAUGUUCUAGAAUUGAUGGCUUUUAUCCUAGCUGUGGUGACACUUGUGGUCACAUUGCUGUUAGUGAUUCUCUCUUACACUUACAUCAUUAAGACUAUUCUGAAAUUCCCCUCUGCACAGCAAAGGACUAAAGCUUUUUCCACAUGUACUUCCCACAUGAUUGUUGUCUCCUUGACUUAUGGUAGCUGUAUCUUCAUUUAUAUUAAACCAUCUGCAAAAGAAAGAGUGACUGAAUCCAAAGGUGUAGCUUUGCUCUAUACCUCAGUUGCCCCUUUACUAAACCCAUUCAUUUACACUCUAAGGAAUCAGCAGGUCAAAGAAGCCUUCAAGGAUGUUGUACAAAAUAUUGUGAAUUUUUCAAAAAAAUUAUUUUAA